AUGGUCAAGAAGCAGGAGGACAAGAAGGUGGUGAAUCCCCUGUUCGAGAAAAGACCCAAAAACUUGGGCAUAGGGCAGGACAUCCAACCCAAAAGGGACCUUACCAGCUUCAUCAAAUGGCCCUGCUACAUCCAGCUGCAACAGCAGAGGGCAAUCGUCUACAAACGACUCAAGCUGCUGAAGCUGGCCAACAAGUACCUACCAGAGAACAAGAAGGAGAAGAAGCAGAGGCUGCUGGCCCAGGCUGAGAAGAAGGCUGCUGGCAAAGGAGACACCCCCACCAAGAGAUCCCCUGUCCUCCGAGCUGGGGUGAAUACAGUCACCACCCUGGUGAAGAACAAGAAGGCCCAACUGGUGGUGAUCACACACGACGUGGACCCCGUAGAGCUGGUGGUUUUCCUGUCAGCUUUGUGUCAGAAGAUGGGUGUUCCCUACUGCAUCAUCAAGGGCAAGGCCAGGCUGGGCCACCUCAUCCACCGGAAGACCUGCACCACUGUUGCCUUCACACAGGUGAAGAUAAAGGUGCUCUGGUGA